GGGUGACAGCCCUCUCUAGACUGCGUGACAUUGGGCAAGUUAGACUGUGUAGCCGCCACCACCAUCCCACUUGCUUCUAGGAAAUGGAGUUUUAGUGCCUCCCAGCAGGGUGGUUGUGAGGAUUAAAGGAACAUACUGCCUGCCUCCCGAUGGCGUCUUCCUCCUGAAGGCCUGUUAGCUUGUACCCUUCUGAGUCGGAAACAACCUUUAGUGUGUCAAAGGACUGAGAAAAAGAAAACCACAUUUAUGCAGUGGAUUGUGUCGUAAGGAACUCUUGGAACUGUAUAAAUGAGUCUAAUCUGAAUUUGUAUCAACAUAACAAAGCACUAAGUGAGAGAAAAAUGGUUAACAUUCUAGACACGAUAACAAGCGAUGAUCAGGUUUAGAACCACCUGGACUUGGUAUCGGGAACCCAAAAUCAGGAAACUAAUUUUAAAACAUGGUAUAAUCACUGAUCCCUAGAAAAGUUCUAGUUCUCAACCUAAAAGUUUAUCAAACUAAAACCAAACCCUAGUUGUCACAUUUUGGCAGCUUUAUCUCUGGAUGCCAAUAUUUACCUGGGACUUAGUUCAGCUCAUCCUAGCAUCUCCCUAUGGAAAUUGUUCAAGCAUUACUCUACAGGAAAAAUAACGUGAAAGAAGUUUAGUUAUCUCAAAUGACGAAUUUGAGAAAUCUAUGAAUCAUGAUCCAAGCACAUGGCUAGCUACAUUGUGAUCUUGCUGAAACUUGCAACUUGCCAAGAAGGAACCACUGUAUAAUAGCCCCUGGGCGUUUUGCUGUAGACUCCAAGAAGGCUAUGGUGGUAUCCAGGAACCACUCAGCAGGUGUAUGUGUACUUGGUUAGACUGUGGUGUGCUGGAAGGGAUGGUCAUAGUUCAGGCCACAUGUGAGCCAUGAGUCUGUACUGUGACUUUGGACAAAACCAUUCUCUAUUCUUGGCAGUCUUACAAAGUCAUGCUAUUGGUCAUGAUAGAGAAGUGGACAGGAAAGGUCUACCCUCAGUGCCGAUCUUUCACAACAACACUACUAAAAAUAACUCCAGUGCAUUUCCCUGGAACUGUGGAACAGUAGUGUCAUUGCAUACCAGUGAUGUUGUCUAAUGUAUGUUAUAUAAUUCACGUUAAAGUUUUUCCGUCUGAGUCAGCAGUAAUUUGAAAUCCUCUGUAAUUACAGACUGGCAUAUUUGUAUCAGGAGGAUGAGAAGUUCUGUAGGAAUACACUAUUUAUUGAGUGGCACAUGAACAGAAUUUUGUAGAAAAUCAAAGCCAGAAAUGAACCUGGCUCAGAUCCAUUCAGGUGUUAGAAAACAGCUGCAUGCCUGGGGAUUACGGAGUGAUGGGUGACGAUGGCUCUAUUGAUUACAGUGUUCAUGAAGCCUGGAACGAAGCCACCAACGUUUACUUGGUAGUGAUCCUCGUUAGCUUUGGUCUCUUCAUGUAUGCCAAAAGACAUAAAAGGAAAAUAAUGAGGAUAUUCAGUGUGCCACCUACAGCAGAAACUUUGGCAGAGCCCAACUUUUAUGACACAAUGAGCAAAAUUCGUUUAAGACAGCAACUGGAAAUGUAUUCCAUUUCAAGGAAGUAUGAUUAUCAACAGCCCCAGAACCAAACUGACAGUGUACAGCUCUCGUUGGAAUGAAAUCUCAGAAAAUGAGCAACAUAAGUAAUUGUUAAACAAUAUGGUAGCAAGCUCCAAACAGCAUUUUAAAAAAUCUUCUGUUUCCAUAAAAUCAUUUUAUUUGUGACUUUUUCCCAGUUUUUUUGGUGUGUUUGUUUUGCUUUUUAAAAUGGCAUCUUCAAGUCAUUUGUUACACAAAUAAAAAAUGGCUCAAAAAAGGCCAGAAAUGGUGGUUUUACGUUGAGAAGAAGACCUUUGAUUUCUUCAGGAUGCAAUCAGUCAGGAAUGAAAGCCCAUCUUUGGAAUUGAGAAUCUGGAGCUUAUGCACUUUUAGCUGAGCAUUUUUGCAAAAUUAAAAAAUGAAAAUCCAGUCAUUGACAUUAUUUCCAGAUUGUAUUCUGUGAUAAAUGUAGUAUGGAUAACAGAAUGAUUUGUGUUCUCAUUGCUGUUGUUACCACUCUUUAACUGAAUUAACUAUUCACUUCUUCAGAAUUUGCAUAGUAGCCUGUCUUUUCUACAUCAUGAGGCAUACCCGUCUGCUAGUUAUAGAAGCUUUCUGGAAUUUUUCUCCCUUAAUUGUGUUCCUAGGAGUGAGUUUGCUUUUUUCUUUAAUCCUAGCACUCAUUUCCACCACAGAAGCCUUCUUUAGGCCAUACUGGGGCCAUGUUGCCAAAUAAAUGGGCACCUCUAUAAUUGGUGUUUAGUUAGCAACUUGCUUUUUGGUCAUAUGAUUAUCAAUGUUUAAUGUAACUGUCUGGUUUCUUAUGCUUUUUUAGCAUAAUAUUCCCUGAAGACUCUCAUAUCUUGUACCAUUUUGUACUGUACAUUGAAAUGUUUUUACCUAAUUUUUCAUAUUUAUUUAAGUAAAAGCUGGUUGGAAGUAGUGGCAGGAAAGUUUAACUGUCCAUGUAACUGGCCAAGAAUUAGUUUUUGAAUCAAAGAUAGUCUUAAUUCUAAGAGUUAGAGUUAAUAUUUCAGCAUCAUUUUCUUUUCCCUUUAUAAUUGUAAAGUAAAAGAAUAUAAAUUUUAAAUGAAAAGGUUUAGACCAAAUAAAAUCAUUCAGGGAAAUUGCAUUUUCUUUCAAAAUUUAAUUAUAUCAUUCAAAAAUGUAUGUACUGUAGAAGGUGAAUUGUUGACCAAAUGGAGUAAUUCAUAGAAUGAAAAACUACAUAUAACUAAAACCAGGUAUAACUAAACAGUUAUAAUUACAGGCUGGGGGUAGCAGAGUGGCAAGGAGACAGACUUCUUAAACUUUGCUUUGCUCUGGGAGACACUCUGUAUAUUUCCGUGAGCAGAGAAUGUAAUCGAGCAGGUGCAGUUUAUUUGCUGUCACUGACAUGGGGCACGAUCUAGACAAAUUACAAACCUGGCCGUCUCAGAUGAUUUGUAAAAGUAGUGUACAUAAAUAAAUAUAAAUCACAA